UUGUUACCUCCCUUAUUUUGGAGGGUUACUUGGAGUAAGUAAAAGCCUUUUGUAUAUAAGACAUAAACUACUUCAUUCCCUGUCUAAAAAGCUUUCUGUUUGUACUGUCACAAAACAUGAGGGAUAGUCCUUCUCUUACUUUUAGCUUUAGCCUCUUGGCUUUCUUCCUUGUCAUAGGAUGUCCUUUGGUUGCUUCAUAUGAUGGGCCUUUGUAUGAUUACACUGCUUACACUGAGUGUAAAGGGCAGCCAGAGAAAGCACUUUACGAUGGAGGGAUUCUCAAAGAUGAUGAGCCUGUAAGUGUCAAAGGCAGCAUUGGUGGUUCUGCAAGUAUUGUAUUUUGGCCGGCUUUCAUGUUGCACAACCUCACUCAGGGCACUUAUUACUGUUUCUCAAGUUGGGUCAAGAUACAAGGUGCAGAAUCAGCUCUCAUAAAGGCAAGCCUGAAGUCACAAGAUGUGUCAUAUGACUGUAUAGGGACUGUUAUAGCAAAGCAUGGAUGCUGGUCAUUUCUCAAGGGUGGAUUUGUUGUGACUUCACCAUCCAUUUUCUCAAUUCUAACCCUUCAGAAUUCUGACGACAAGCAAAUUGAUAUAGAAAUUACAAGCGCUUCGUUACAGCCAUUUACUGAGCAGCAAUGGAGAAUAAAUCAGCAACAUAUUAUUAACACUCAAAGGAAGCGUGCUGUAACAAUCCAUGUCUCAGAUGAACAUGGAGAUAAGUUGCAAGGGGCAGCCAUUAACAUAGAGCAAGUCUCGAAAGAUUUCCCAUUUGGUUCUGCAAUUGCAAAGACUAUUCUUGGCAAUUUGCCUUAUCAAAAUUGGUUUGCUAAGCGAUUCAAUGCAGCAGUCUUUGAGAAUGAACUCAAGUGGUAUGCCACAGAACCUGACCAAGGGCAGGUAAACUACACUAUAGCAGACAAUAUGUUGGAGUUUAUUCGUGCUAACCAAAUCAUUGUUAGAGGCCACAAUAUAUUCUGGGAGGACCCCAAAUACACACCACAAUGGGUGCGUGACCUUACAGGACCUGAAUUACAAUCAGCUGUCAAUUCGCGUAUACAAAGUCUAAUGAACAAGUACAAAGAAGAAUUCAUACACUGGGAUGUUAGCAAUGAAAUGCUUCACUUUGAUUUCUAUGAGCAACGACUUGGCCCUAAUGCCACGUUGCAUUUCUAUGAGAUAGCACACAUGUCAGAUCCAUUGGCAACCCUCUUUAUGAAUGAAUUUAAUGUGGUUGAGACUUGCAGUGAUGUGAAUUCCACAGUUGAUACCUACAUUUUAAGGAUGAGAGAACUCGAACGUGGUGGUGUCUCAAUGGAUGGGAUUGGUUUAGAGGGUCAUUUUACCAUACCAAACCCUCCUUUGAUGAGAGCUAUUCUAGAUAAGUUGGCCACAUUAGGGCUUCCCAUAUGGCUUACAGAAGUGGAUAUCAGCAAUACACUUGGUCAAGAAGCACAGGCUAUUUACCUAGAAGAAGUACUGAGAGAAGGCUUUUCACAUCCUUCUGUGACUGGAAUUAUGCUUUGGACCGCACUGCAUCCUAAUGGGUGUUAUCAAAUGUGCCUGACUGAUAAUAAUUUUCAAAAUCUGCCAGCUGGAGACACGGUUGACAAGCUACUUAAAGAAUGGCAAACUGGGGAGGGACAAGGUCAGACAGACGAGCAUGGUUCUUAUAGCUUUUAUGGCUUCUUAGGAGAAUAUAAAGUGAAUGUCAAAUACAGCAAUAGAAGGGUAAAUUCAACAUUUUCGCUCUGUGGAGGUGAUGAAACUAAACAUUAUAACAUUCAAUUGUAGCCCAUGAAAAUAUUUCAUAGCUU